AUGGACAAGAAAAAACUGGCAGUCCCAUUAGUUUGUCAUGGCCAUUCAGUCCGGUGGUUGAUUAUUUUACAGUCGAUCACUCCAGAUGGGUUUUUUCUCAUCAGUGCUAGCAAGGCAGUAUGGAGUUGUUGCCUGGAUACUAAUGCAUUGUAUGCGGCAUCUGGUUCUGCAGAUUUUAGUGCGAAACUGUGGGAUGCAUUGACUGGGGACGAAAAGCACUCGUUUGAACACAAGCAUAUUGUUCGAGCAUGUGCUUUUUCUGAGGACACACACUUUCUACUCACUGGUGGAUUUGAGAAAAUUCUUCGUAUAUUUGAUUUGAACCGUCCAGAUGCACCUCCAAGAGAAGUUGACAAUUCUCCUGGUUCAAUUAGAACUGUCGCAUGGCUUCACAGUGACCAGACAAUCUUAAGUUCCUGUACUGAUAUUGGUGGUGUGAGGCUAUGUGACGUAAGAAGUGGCAAAAUUGUUCAAACUCUUGAGACCAAGUCGCCUGUUACUAGUGCUGAAGUGAGUCGGGAUGGUCGCUAUAUAACUACUGCCGAUGGUUUUACUGUUAAGUUCUGGGACGCAAAUCAUUUUGGAUUGGUGAAGAGCUACAAUAUGCCCUGCAAUGUAGAAUCAGCUUCAUUGGAACCAAAACUUGGCAAUAAGUUCAUUGCCGGAGGAGAAGACAUGUGGGUCCAUUUAUUUGAUUUCCAUACCGGAGAAGAGAUUGGAUGCAACAAAGGUCACCAUGGUCCAGUCCAUUGUGUAAGGUUUUCUCCUGGAGGAGAAUCAUAUGCUUCAGGAUCUGAAGAUGGCACGAUUAGAAUAUGGCAAACAGGUCCUGCAAAUCAUGAAGAGAAUGACUCACAUCCUGCAAACGGACCUACCGGAAAAGUAAAGGUUUCGGCCGAUGAGGUAACUCGGAAGAUCGAGGGCUUUCAUAUCGGCAAAGAAGGGAAAGCCGGAGAGAAAGAUAAAGCCGCAGAUGUGUAACCUGACCAAUGAGAGUUAAUUUGGAUUGUUUUGCUAUGUUGUGCACUAUGCUUUGAUUAACUAGUUGUGGGCAAGAGAGAGUCUGUUUCCUUUUGGUGGAUUGUCCUGUGGAAAUAUAAUAGACUGCUCUUGUUUCAGUUCUGGUUGCUGUUAAACCAAAUGUUUUUCAGCCAAACUUUCUGA